AUGCAGUUCUCCAUCGCCAAGGUUGCUUCUCUCUUCGUCCUCCUCUCGGUUGCUUCUGCCGAUCUUCACGACAACUGCGCCUGUGACAACGGUGACAGCUACAACUGGCGCAUCACCACCAAGGCUUGCGAGCUUUACGCCUCCAAGAACUACCAGUGGGGCAAGGGUACCUACAACACCGAGACUGGACGUUGCGUGCAGAACUCCGCCAGCGACCAGCUCGCCGGUAAGGAGUGGGAGGCUGCUUGCCGCGAGAUCGCCACCACCGGCUUCGACUGCGCCGACGGCAAGGGCCUGUACUGCAAGGCUAACCCCGACGACGUUCGCGGCCGCUGCUAA